UUGCUGCAACUACUGAGAUAAUUGUGCCUAAAGCAGUGGCAACUAAAAUAGCGAUCGUACUGAUCCGUGCAUAACAAUCUCCAGGAAUUCGCAAAGGCUGAGCUUUGAAUGUAUUUUCGGAUCAUGGUUGGUUAGCUAGCCGUUGGCAGUCAUCAUUCUUUCGGACUCGCAUUCGUACAUGUGACAAUCUACCAGCGUCACGUACUCGCUUUUUCGAUCGUUUCGGCAAAUAAUGAAUGAAACUCUGCCUUCGCUAAAGCACAAUUAGUUCGCAGGCAGGCGGCCACCAAUCGCGACAGCGCUUUUGCCCAGUUAAUUAAAGAAAAACCGAAAAAAACCUGAUUACAUCAUAGUGGUUGAAUAGAAGCCUUCACCUUCAACGUGGAAUUGAAACAAGGCAAAGCGGAGUUGCGCGAAUCCAAAACAAAUUUGUGAUAUUUGAAAAACAAUCGGUUUACAUACGGUAAAUAAAUAGGGCAAGCUGAGUACAACAGAUUCAACAGUACACCUUGAUUGCCAAUGAGUGAUUAGUGAGUGGGACCGAUUAGCUGCACUUGCUGAAUGAUGGACAAAAAUAUUGAAAGGAAAAAAUCGCUCUUGGACACGAUGAUUCUCACCCCUUUGAAGGAGCGAG